AGUUUUCUCGACCUUGCAUGCUACAUAUCCUGGUAGCUUUGUUUAGCAUCUCCAUCAGCAUUGGCAUCGCUUUGCACCAUGAGAUUCAACCUCGCUCUCUUGCUUGCCACUCUCCUAGCCACUGUCAUCGCUAGCACCAUUGGGGGCCCUCGACAUGUGGUCAGAAUAGAGGGCACGUCUCAAUCCGACGAGCAUGAUCUGUUCAAGCGCAAGGGCGGCGGUGGCGGUGGUGGAAGAGGAGGUGGUGGAGGCAGCGGUGGAAAAGGCGGAAGCAGUGGAGGAAGUGGCAGCAGUGGAAGCGGUGGCAGCAGUGGCAGCAGUGGAAGCGGUGGAAGCGGUGGAAGCGGUGGUACCAAAGGUGGCUCUGGGAGCGGCAAAGGUGGCUCUGGAAGCUCUGGCAGUUCCGGAAAUCGAUCUCCCAGCUCCAACGUCGGUGGUACAUCUGCUGGAGGAAGCGGACCCAGGCCACAAUACGGCGGUGGCCAGUUCUACGGCGGCGGCGCGAGAACUCCUUACCGCGCCGGUUCUCGAAGCCCCGUAGGAGGCAUCGUCCCCAUCGCGCUCCUCGGAGGCGCCGCUGCUCUCGCCUUCUGGCCUGGAAUCUGGCUGUACGGUGCCUACCUGUAUCCUUAUCACCAGCCAUACCGCUUCCACAACGAGUCCAGCAACCGGAAUGAAACCCUGAACGUCAUUUGUGGAUGUGGCACAUACGAUGUUUGCGGCUGCGACGACAACAACAAUACCGAGUACUUCACCAGUCUUGUCGGAAAUGGAAGCUACGAUGCCCUCAACAAGAGUGUCGUCAAUGUUGCCAUGGUCAAUGGCACGAACAGCCUUCUUAUCAACGGUUCUCUGCCAAAUGGCACAACAGCCGACGACCCCAAUGCCAGCUCUUCAAGUGCAGCCAGCAUGAGAACUAUGGUCCAAAUGAUUGGUUUCUGGCCCGCUGUCGCUGCUGUACUUGUUACUGUCUUCUUGGCAUAAGAAUACGAAGCCUUCACUAAUCAGUACUUUUACUUCUUGCUUUACUUUGCUUUAUUAAUGUUUACUUUAAUGAUCUUGGAAUUUUUCCUUCUCAACAUUCAUGUCUAACAGUUUUUACGAAUACCGAACGCCACGCUUGAUGUGCUACAAAAACGGAUGGUGACGAUAUGGGCUUGGCGCUUCUUUGGGUUUUCAAUUCUUACGGUAGAUGCUUAUUUGGAAUCAUAGCUUGUGUUGGGUGUUGGGUUGAGGAUUUGGAAUACGUGCCCAAGUUUUAGGGGCGGCUUUAGAGCGGCUUUAGAGCUAAUACCAAACAUUGAAUGCAAUAACUAGAGUUUGUAUUGCAAGGUGGC